AGUUGACGCUUUCUGCCCGUCGAGCAAAAAAAUUAUUUUCAUUUUAAAUGCUCACAGGGUUGUAAAAAUUAAAUCUUCCAUGAUAACUUUGUAUUCUGUACUUGCAAAAGGAUUCAGUGAUACUUGAAGGUCAAAACAUCCAAUAUAGAUAUUGAAUAUUUAUUUUAUUGAAUAAAUAAUUGUAACUCAUCAUGUUGAACUUUGAUGGGAUCAAUCAUGAGAUCAUCGAAAAACUUAUAUCAUCUGGAGUGGAUAUCAACAGUCCAGGCACAUAUAAUGGAAAUGACAGUUAUACAAUUUUGCACGCAGCUAUCGACAAUAAUUGUGAAAUAAAGUCGAUAAAAUUAAUUCUUGGCAAAAAUCCAAAUGUCAAUGCAUUGAUGCAAAAUUAUGGUCCUAUUGAUGAUGAUAAAGAUGAGGAUGAUAGUGAUGAUGACGAUGAUGAGGGUGAUGAUGAUGAUGAUGAUGAUGAUGAAAUGGAUGGUAAAAGUUCAAAAGUUAAGAAAAUAGGAAAUUCAUUUCGAAAUUAUUCACCACUACAUAUUGCCGUAACUAAAAAUCGCUUAAAUAUCGUUGAACUUCUACUUGCUAAUGGUGCUGAUGUCAAUAUUCAAGUAGAUAAUUGUCACUCUGUUCUUAACACGGCUAUCAAGACAGAAAACAUUGGAUUAAUAAAGAUCUUACUAGAAGCAGGGGCUGAUGUAAAUCAUAUCAGUUUUUUCAAAGUCGAAUCUAAAAGGCAGACUUAUUAUUUAGACAAUACACCGAUACCAGCAAAACUAAGAGGUUUUGCCCCGCUUCAUGUUGCUACAAAGUGUAAUAAUUUAGAGGUAGUGAAACUUUUAAUAAACAAAGGUUCUAAUCCUAAUGUUGAGGCUAAAAAUAAUUCAUCCGCGCUUUUUAUGGCUGUUUUGAGUGAAAAUUGUGAAAUAGUUGAAUAUUUAUUGGAGCAUGGAGCCGAUGUAAAUCGUAAAGAAUUUAGGGGUUUCUACAGAGGGUACCCAGCUUUACAUUUUGCGAUUCAAAAUAAUUCUCUUGACAUAGUAAAACUUUUAAUAAGCUACGGUGCUGAGACUAAUGAUAAUGCUCAAGCAGUACAUGAGGCGAUUGAACAGAAUAAUCUUGAACUUGCCAAGUUCUUGAUAAAAGUUGGUUUUGAUAUCAAUGUUCCCGACAAUGAUGAUGGAGAGUCAAGAACAGUUCCAUUGAAUACAGCGCUUGAUGGAACAGAUUUAGAUAUGAUCGAGUUCUUACUGAUUAACGGUGCUGAUAUGAAUUGUCCAGUGACUCCAGAUGAAGAUAUUUUCCAUCUCUUUUGGUAUUGUGAUAAGUAUGAUCUUCUUAGAGAACAUAUAGUAAGAGUAAAAGUUCUGAAGAGUCAUACCGGUGAUCUUGAAAAUGUAGACUUAAGUUCUAGUGAAGUAGAACUACCCUACGAUAAGAAUGAUGAAGAAGAUUCACGAAAGUUUAAUGAAUGGUUGGAAUCAUUCGAAGUAAAAUGUGAAGAAGAAAUUCUAGUAAUGCAAGGAGAAAUGAUUGGUACAAGUCGUGUUUCAUACUAUGAGCUUCUGAAGAAAAAUAUCUAUCAACUAGGAAUGUAUGCAAAAAAUCCGAGUAUAGCUACAGUAUUGUCUGGUGAUGAAGUAGAAGAAACUUUCCCAAUUUAUGGGGCUAUAAUUAAAAAUUGUUUUGAAAAAGGUGUACUAAGGAAAGAAUUAUUAGAACAUGUCGAAAAACACUUUUCUGAUAUUUUGUCUAAACUACCCCAUUCUGUUGUAAUCGAAAUAUUUUCCUAUUUGAAGAAUGACGAUUUAAAGCAUUUCAUAAAAUAUCUCAACAUGUUGAACUUUGAUGGUAUCAAUCAUGAGAUCAUUGAAAAACUUAUAUCAUCUGGUGUGGAUAUCAACAGUCCAGGCACUUAUAAUAAAAAUAACAGUUACACAAUUCUGCAUGCAGCCAUCGACAAUAAUUGUGAAAUAAAAUCGAUAAAAUUAAUUCUUGGCAAAAAUCCAAAUGUCAAUGCACUGAUGCAAAAGUAUGGUCCUAUUGAUGAUGAUAAAGAUGGGGAUGAUAGUGAUGAUGAUGAUGAUGAUAAUGAUAAUGAUAAUGAAAUGGAUGGUAAAUGGAUAGGAAAUUCAUUUCGAAAUUAUUCACCACUCCAUAUUGCCGUAACUAAAAAUCGCUUAGAUAUCGUCGAACUUCUAUUUGCUAAUGAUGCUGAUGUCAAUAUUCAAGUAGAUAAUUGUCACUCUGUUCUUAACACGGCUAUCAAGACAGAAAACAUUGGAUUAAUAAAGCUCUUACUAGAAGCAGGGGCUGAUGUAAAUCAUAUCAGUUUUUUCAAAGUUGAACCUAAAAAGCAGACUUACUAUUUAGACAAUACACCGAUACCAGUAAAACUAAGAGGUUUUGCCCCUCUUCAUGUUGCUACAAAGCGUAAUAAUCUAGAGGCAGUGAAACUUUUGAUAAACGAAGGGGCCGAUCCUAAUAUUGAGGCUAAAAAUAAUCCAUUUGCUCUUCUUAUGGCUGUUUGUGAUAGAAAUUAUGAAAUAGUUGAAUUUUUAUUGGAACAUGGGGCUGAUGUAAAUCGUAAAAAUUCUUUUGGUUACUACAUAGGAUAUCCACCUUUAAAUUUUGCAAUUCAACGAAAUCGACUUGACAUAGUAAAACUUUUGAUAAGCUACGGUGCUGAGACUAAAGAUAAUGGUGAAGCAAUAUACAUUGCAAUUGAAAAGAAAAAUUUUAAAAUUGCCAAGUUCUUGAUGAAACUUGGAUUUGAUGUUAAUGUUCCCGAUAGAUAUGGAAACUCAGGGCCAGUUCCGUUGAAUUUAGCUCUUGAAGGAUUUUAUUUUGAAAUCAUCGAGUUGCUGCUUAUUAAUGGUGCCGAUUUAAAUCCUCCACUGACUCCAGAUGAAAGUAUUGCUCAUAUAUUUUAUUACGGUGAGCUAAAUAAAAUUCUUAAGGAACAUAUAAUCAAAGUACGAGUUCUCAAGAGACAUACCGGUAAACUUGAAAUUGUUGAUUUAAGUGCAAGUGAAGUUGAAAUUCCCCACGAUGAGUGGGAAGAAGAAGAAAUUCAAAAAGCUGAAGUAUGGUUGGAAUCAUACGAAUUACAGUGUGAAGAAGAAAUUCAAAAAAUGCAAAGAGAAAUGAUUGGUACAAGUCGUCUUUCGUACUAUGAGUUCCUAAAGAAAAAUAUAUAUCAACUAGAAACGUAUGUAAAAAAUGCGAGUAUAGCUACAGUAUUAUCCGGCGAUGGAAUAAAAAAAGCUUUUCCAAUUUAUAGUGCUAUACUUAAAAAUUGUUUUGAAAAAGGUGUUCUAAGGAAAGAAUUAUUAGAACAAGUCGAAAAACACCUUUCUGAUAUUUUAUCUAAACUACCUCAUUCUGUUGUAAUCGAAAUAUUUUCUUAUUUGAAGAAUGAUGAUCUAAAGCGAUUCAUAAAAUAUUUAAAAAUGAAUUGAUAAGUUACAGACAUUACAAAAUCACUUAAAUUUUUUUAUUUAUUAAU